ACAAGGUCCGCCGUUGAAGAAUGGAAACUUCUUCAAUGGCCAGCUUGUGGAAAUCUCUCGUCGUCGUUCUACUCUUCUCCGGCUACAUCGCCGCCGCCGCUGCCACCGCCGACGGCAAUGGAACCGAGGAGACCCAACGUCCGCCCAUCCACCAGGUCGGCAGAUUUGGAUUCGGCUUCCUUUUCCCCUGGAAUCCGCAGCCAUCGCCGGUGCCGCAGUUUCCCGGCGUCGGAUUCGGAGGAGAAGCCCCACCGGAGAACGGCGGCGAUGAGUCCGGCGCCCAGACAAAUUUCCUGGGAUCUUGGAAGAUCCAUUCCGAGAAUGCCGGAGUUUCCGCCAUGCAUAUACAGUUGAUGCCCAAUAACAACAAGGCGGUGUGGUACGAUUCUACCGGCAAUGGGUUGUCGGAGAUCGAGAGUAACCCGCCGGUGUGCAGAAAACGGGUCGGCGGCAGGGAUUCGGAUCCUCCACAGGAUUGCACCGCCCAUGCAAUUGAAUACGACAUUGACACUGCUCAAAUCAGAACCCUAAACGUAACGCUCAUUUUUCUUUUUUUAUUUUCUUUUCCAUCUAUCUUGGCUGGACUGAAUCUCAAUUUGAACAAUAUAAUAUUUCAGGUGGGGUCCAGCCCGUGGUGCUCUUCCGGCGGACUAUCCAAAAACGGAGACCUAAUCUCCACCGGCGGCGAUAAGGACGGCUACAAAGCCAUGAGAAUUCUGAAACCCUGCGGGGACUGCGAUUUCCAAGAAAACCCACGCGCCCUCUUCUCCAACAGAUGGUACGCCACCAACCACGCGCUCCCCGACGGCAGUUUCAUCGUCGUCGGUGGCCGUGGCUCCUACAACUACGAGAUCGUCCCACCGGACACCCUCGAAUUCACGGCGAAACUGACGGAGCUCGACUUCCUCGGAGAAACCGAAGACGACGGCGGCCGGGAGAACAACCUCUUCCCCUUCGUCAACCUCCUCCCCGACGGCAAUCUCUUCGUCUUCGCCAACUACAAGUCCAUUAUCCUCAACCCUUACACCGGCGAAACCGUUCGUCAACUCCCCGAUCUUCCCGGCGGUUCAAGAAACUACCCGCCUUCCGGUAUGUCGGCCCUUCUACCGAUUGACCUCGCCGCCGUCGAAGACGGCGGCGAGGAAAACUCUGUCGUUGUUGAAGUUCUCGUUUGCGGUGGCAACACGAGGGAAUCGUACAGGUUUUCGGAUUUGCUGCGGCCGAGAAAAUUCCUUCCGGCGUUCAACGACUGCGGGAGGCUGAGGCUUAGCGGCGGCGCCGCCGCCGAAGAAUGGGAGAAGGAGGACAUGCCGUCGCCGCGGGUGAUGGGUGACAUGCUGCUCCUGCCCACCGGCGAUGUUUUGAUGCUCAACGGGGCGAAGGCGGGGACCUCUGCCUGGAACGCGGCGGCGGAGCCGAAUCUAACCCCGGUUCUGUACAGCCCCGACAAGGAGAAGGGUGACAGGUUCCGGGAGCUGGCGGCGUCGGAGAUUCCGAGGAUGUACCACUCGGUGUCCGCGGUUCUCCCCGACGGGGAUAUACUCGUCGCCGGGAGCAACACGAACGCGUUCUACAUGCUGAAGGAGCACGGCGACCGGUUCACGUUCCCGACGGAGCUGAGGGUGGAGAAGUUCUCGCCGCCGUACAUGGCACCGGAGCUGGAACAGUACCGCCUGGAGAUAGCGGAGGGGAGAUCGGACAAGAAGCUGAGCUACGGCGGCGAGUUCAGCGUCGCGAUUGAGUUCGGGAACGGGUUGAUCAAGAAGGAGGAGGUGAAGGUGACGAUGUACUCGCCGCCGUUCACCACCCAUGGCUACUCGAUGAACCAGAGGCUGCUGAUUCUGAAAGUGAGGGAAGUCGACAUUUUGGGGAGGAUUACGGUGGUUGCUCCGCCGUCUGGGAAAUUUGCUCCGCCAGGGUAUUAUCUUGUGUUUGUGGUUCACCGUGGGGUUCCAAGCCGUGGAAUGUGGGUGCAUAUUCAGUAG